AUGGAUAACCUCAACUACCUAGGUGAAAUUGAAUUACCUACAAAACAAAUGAAUAGCCAAAUUAUGAUAAAUGUAAUUGAAGGGAAAGAUUAUUAUAAAAGCCACAUCGACACUUAUGUUGUUGUCGAAGUUCCGUUAUAUUUCCGUGAUAAGACAGUAACUAGUAAACCAUCAGCUUCUCCAUCUUAUUUAAAAACAUUUAUAAUUGAUCUUCCAACAUCGUCAUUGAAUAAUGUAUUGAACACACUCAUAACUAUUACCGUAUAUGAAUCGCAUAACAUAUUAUCGUUGACAAAAACAGCUAUUCUUGGGAGAGUUGUUAUACAAAUGUCUACAAUUUGGUCAGAACCAGAAAAAUCGUUUCGUAGUAAAUGGUUGGCUUUAAUUGAUUACGGAAAACAUGACUUGGGUAUUAGAGGAUAUUUAAAGUGUGAUAUAGUUAUGUUCUAUGAGAGCCAUGUGAUUAAUAAUUUAAUCCUAUCAAAUCCAUUAGGUUCAACAAGAGAAGAUACAUUUAAUACAAAUGAUUUAUUUAUUCCGAAUGGAUUUAAAAUGGCUACGACUCAUUUAGCAAAGUAUACUAUUAAACUACAUAAAGGUGAAAUGAUUCGAUACUUAUACGAAGAAGGUCCUAAAUGGUUGUCGAUUGAUUUCGGAGAAUCAUCCGAAGUAUCCAAUCAUCUAUAA